AUGAUCUCGUUCUCCUUUCUUCGCUCGUUUGGCAACUUGAUCUCCUGGAGUGAUCGGAAGCUCUUACACCUUCCAUCUGUCACAAUCCAUGAGAUCGACACCGCCCAGGAAAAGCCCGCCAGAGCGCUGAAGCAUUUGUUGAAGCUCAACCACGCCAACCACGCCAUUCUGUGGAAUGACCGAAAAUUCCACAACCAUGUACCGCAUAUACUCGGCUCCUCUUUUCUCCAGGGCGCUGACGCCAAUGACUUGACCCGUGCAUAUGAGGCCGAAAGCAAGGGCCUGGAGGCCUGGGUUGACUCGCCAAACGAGAUCAGUACUUACGACUGGAGGGACUAUCUUUCAGCGAAAGAAUACCAGCGUGCAUAUGUAGACUUUUUCGAAGAUGAACUCGUCCGCCAUGGAUAUGACUGGAAGGAGGUUGUCCAGAACUACCUGUAUUCCGGAAGACAGCCGUUGGUUAAUUCUCUGGUCGCGGGUCUCGGCCACCCACUCAUCCACCUUGGCUAUGCGUUCGAACUGUCCAGUCGUGAAACAGCCAUCGAAGCGCUAGCGCUCACCGCUACGUGCUACAGCGACAUCCACAAAUACUUUGACGACCCAUCGUACUCCCAAGCGCACUCGUCGUACUCCUCGACAUCCCUGUUUGAGAUUCUAAGCAAGGUCCGCGCCGACAAGCGCUUCCACGGCCUGUUCGGCACACCAGGCGACCACAACCUGGACGUUCUCUUCACGAAACACGAAGCCGAUCUUCUCCACCACUGGAAUGCGUGGAAGAUCGAAAACCCCGAAGAACAGUUCCGUGAGACGCAGGAAGUCGCCGCCGCCCUGCUAACGGCCACGCGCGCCGAGCCCGCGCAAAAAUACGACUUCUUCUUAGUGCAUGUCCUCACCACCAGCCACGCCGUCCGCGUUCUCCUCCCCCUGAUCCCGGGGCGGUUCCAGCUCUCGCUGAUUCGGCAGUGGUGGCUCCUGACGUUGGCUGUUUACAUUGCGCAGCUGAGGCCGGAGGUGAAUGUCGAUGCGGUGAGGGAUGUGCAGUUGGGUGGAAGAGAUUGGGAGUGGACGGCGAGGAAGGCGACCAAGGGCGAGUAUUCGACGGAUGCGCAUUACGUCAAGGCGAUUCGGGCAUUGAGGGAAGCGGCCAACACCUGGGGAGACUCGGAAUCGUUUUAUUUGAAGGCGGCGGUGAAAUUCGCCGAGGAGUUUGAUGGAUGGGUACUGGGUAAGAUCAUAUCUUGCCUCAGGCAGAACUCACCGGAUGAAAAGUUUAUCCCCGGGGAACACCCCUCCCUCUACCUCCACGCAGAGCUCCUCCCCAACAUCCGACACAUCACGCUCUACAUUUCCCUCCCCGCAACCAUCCCGAAGACCCUCCUCCCAAAGAUCACACUCUCCGACUCGCGUCGCGCAGUAUCCGUAUCCCUCCCAGAACCGCACAAUCAUGUCUCCGACACGAUCAAACUCCCCGCGCGGGUCAACGAAGCCGCCCGGCGGACGUUAGCCACCAGCUCAACCCCUAACCAAACCCCCCAGAGUCAGACAGAAUCCCACACGCGGGAAUACUCAUUCCGCAUGCUGAUCGACGACCGCACGGGACCGCUUCUCCUCCGCGAAGAACCGCUCGACGCGUUCGUCCCAUGGACGGCGACGGAUAUGCGGCCGGCGACGCGGCUGCGCUGCCGGGUCUGCGAGAACAUGCUUCUAGAGCGUCCAAUGGCCCGGUGGCCCGAUGCAGAUACGAUAGAGAACGGAAACGAGCCGACAGGCUGGAUGUGGAAAGACCUGCCCAGCGGGAACUGGGCCGAGAUGAUGGAUUUCUGGCACUGUCAUAAACCCGAUCCAGAGCCAGACACAGCCGCCGCCGCCGCCGCCGGGAACCUUUCGCAGGAGCAAAGCGCUGUGGUCAAGGGGUACGGGGCUGCGAACCGGGUUGUUGCGACGCCGGGGACGGUGCUGGUCGACGUGGCGACGUUUUUGGUUUCGGGGACGGACUGUCGCGGGGUGAAUGUGAAUGCGCAGGUGAGGAUGUUCUCUUUCUUGUCGAGAUAG